CGAAAAUAUUGCAAGAGGAAGCGAAUUAAAAGUUAAGAAUAUUUUCAGCAAUUGACAGCAUAUAAAUCGUAACAAUGAAUUUUGGCUCAGAUAAAGUUUACCUUUAUAAAGAUGUCGAGUAUGAAUAUGUAUCAGAUGAAGAAUAUGACGAAGGCUUGAAUGUCAGUGAUGAUGAAAGUGAUGGUGAAAGAGUAGCCCAGCCAGAGGUACCAAGGAAACGAUUUGGAAGUGGUCUGAAAAAAUUUUUUGGAAAGUCUUCCAAGUCUAAGUCUAGAGACAAAAAACACCACUGGCAAACAGAGGCGGACAAUGAAUCAGAUCCACAAUCCAGGCAAAAGUUUAACAGGGCAAACACCAAUGUGAUAAGUAUAAGAUUGGGUGUGUUGAAGGAUCCUUGUAAUAUGCAUGCUGGGGAUGCCAUUCGAUGCCAAGGUCAAGAUUGUCCAGCUGUUAUGUCCAAUAUUAGUAAAUUGACGUCUGGUAUGUCUGGCAAGGUAUGGGUAUGUGAAUUUUGUGGAACCAAUAAUGAAGUUGAUGUAGAAGAAGGUGAAAUACCUAAAGAUGAUGAUGUCACAUUCUUAUUAGAAGCGUCACCUGCGGCAGAAGCUGCUGGUCCAAGUGGUGUUGAUGAAUCUAUUGUUGUAUUCUGUAUUGAUGUUUCUGGUAGUAUGUGUGUUUCGACUGAGGUACAAGGUAAACCAAAAUUGAGAAGUUCAUCUGUAAGAAAUGCUGCUAAAUUGAAUCCUACUGGUGAAGAUCAAUAUUUGCCAAAUCAAAAACGUAAUGUGACCUACGUAUCCAGAUUACAGUCUAUGCAGGCUGCAGUUGAUAAACAGUUAGAGGAUAUGGUUAAAGAAUCUCCUAAUAGAAGAGUUGCUAUCAUCAGUUUUAACAAUGAAUUACGAGUCAUGGAUGAAGGUGUGAAUACAGACCAGAUUAUUGCUGGUAAGAAAUUAGAAGAUGAAGCUGAAUUGACUCGCUUAGGAUCAGAAAUCCAGUUACCCAAGCCAAUUAAAGAUACACAUAAAGCGUUAACUGAAAAAAUAUACAAUCUAGAAGAAAUGGGACAAACAGCUCUAGGACCAGCGUUAGUAGUAGCUAUGGGAUUAGCUUCACGUCAUGUUGGUUCUAAGAUUGUGAUUUGUACUGAUGGACUGGCCAAUGUGGGAUUAGGAAGAUUAGAUGAAGGGACAUCAGAAGAAUGCGGUAAAUUUUAUGAAGAAAUGGCAGUGAAAGCCAAUGACAAAGGUGUAUCAAUAUCUGUUGUAUCUAUCAAGGGAGCUGAAAGUAAAGUGGUACAGCUUGGUAAAUUGGCUGAAAUAACUAAUGGACAGGUGAACCAUGUGGAUCCAUUGAAACUAACAGAAGAAUUCAGUAACAUAUUAGCUGAUAGAACCAUAGCAACUAAUGUGAAAUCAACUGUCUUAUUACAUAAGAAUUUAAAGUUCUCUGAUGAAGACACAGAAAGUAAUGUGAUACGCAAAUAUAUUGGAAAUGCUACCGUAGAUACAGUAAUAACAUACCAAUAUGAGCCACGUUUAGCUCAAGGUGCUCACAGCAGCAGUGAAGAAACUCAAAAGGAUGCAAAAAAAGUAACAGAUAAAGAAACAGAAAUAGUCAGUGAAACAGACCCACAAGGUAGUUCCAAAAUGGUAACAAAUCCUGUUAGUUCAACUUGUAUGCCUGGUACCAGUACAGAACCAAUUCCCAGUAAAUUACCAUUCCAGUUACAACUGGAAUAUACUGAUGUGGAUGGUACCAAAGCCUUAAGAGUUUUUAUGAGGGUACUAGAUGUAACUACUGACAGAAAGGAAGCUGAAAGAAAUAUUAAUUUAGAAGUCCUUGGAGUUCAUACUGCUAAGACUUGUGCCGAUUUGGCACUACAAGGGGAAUACACACAAUCACGUGGUGUGGCUUUUAUGAGUCAUAGACUUGCCUGGAGAAACACGAGAGAAUCAGCCCCUGUUCAAAGAAGAAAUGUUUAUAAGAAAAUGUUUCAUAACCUAAAAGUAGCUGAUGCUCAUGUAAGCCAUGCACAGAAGACUGAAAUAUCAAAAUAUGGAAGAAGUCACAGUGAUUCAGAAGGAGAAGAUGAGGUUGAUUUUGUUGGAGGAUCUAAAGAGUGUUGUGAAAUGCCGGCAGAUCGACCAUUACCACCAUUGGGUGCAGCAGCUCCACCAUUAGGUGCUUCUGCAUCAAGAGGAAAAAAGAUGAAAAAAAAAGCCAAGAGGUCAGAAGAAGUACCAGAUGAUAUGGCUAGUGAAAUUUAUGCUUUAAAACAAGCCAGAAUGUCUGAUUUGCUGUCAUAAACAAACCAAUAUGUUGUUUUAGUGAUAGUUCUAUUAGCUUAAUGUGAUGUCACCAAUAUUCGUAGGGACUCAUUUUUCAUGAAUUAGGUACACAAGUUGAUUUAACCCUUUGAACUCUAAUAGCUGCUCAUAGUAUCACGAAUACUUGUCUUAUUAACUGUAUUAAACUAAGCCCACUGCACUUCAUUUUGUGGGCGUGGAAAUGAGAUGCUAUUUAAAUUUGACCGAUCAGAUCAGUAGAACAUGGUCAUGUAAACAAAACACAACAUUGCUAUUUGCUGCUGCCACGUAAAUAUUCCAAAGUAAAGUUUGAUUUUUCUCUUGGCUUCAAUUCUUUAGUUAAAAUCUUACUUUAUUCUGUAACAUCCAUAUUAAUCAAAAUAUUUAAUGACACACUGCUUUCAUUUUGUUUCGCAAACAAAGCAUCAUAAGGAGUGAUUUGUUUUGAUUGGCUGAGAUUUUACAAGCAAGACAGCAGGGCCAAUUUUGAUUGGAUAAUAUCUAUCUAUGAAUACGUAAUGAUGUAAAAGCUGUUCGCG